AGUUACUCAUUAACAAUUCAGUGUCCUAUUCCAGCCAAUCCCAAGUUUUUGUGAGUCCUAUACCAAGCUUUGCGUGAUAAUACUACUGAGACAAUGCUGGCCACUGUCCACAAAACUAGACCAGCUUCACUCGGGAAAGACUUGCGCACUCCACACAACUAGUCCAACUUCCGUGUUAUACACCUGCGGCAGGUAGACAGGGCUCUAAAACUGGAUACACCUGCUCCACGGGUAUUUUACAGUAUAUGUAUCAGCGUAUCAGGUGUAUACACCCAGCGUGUUUUAUUCUGCUUUAAAGAAUCGAACAUAUCUUCAUCAAUCGGUGCCAUGAGUGCGGAAUAUAGACUUUGUGAAUUGGCAUCGGUGUCCUUACACGUCUGUGAACCGGAGAAUGACCCUAGACUGGACGAGCCUCGAAAACUGGACGAUCGAAUAAAUGUAUCUGAAGGCGGUGGGCUGUUUACCAUCAGCAACGGCACAGUAAAUGGAGAAUCAUCGACAAAACCCCUGCGCAAAUUUGGCGAGACUACUGUAGGGGACUGUGCAGAUUCCUCACCCGGCUUGUCGGCUCCAGGAGAAUCGAAACUUUGUUCAAAACAUGGAUGCGAACAGGAUUUGUAUUGCAGUACAGAGGGAAAGCUGACCUGCUCACAGUGUGUGUCGGAUGGAUCUUGUCAGGGUCACACGGUGACAGAGCUGGUUACCCGGGCAACUGUAGUAAGGAAUCAGUUGGUGGAUGUCUGUGAGAAAAUGCAGCUGCAAGCUCUUCGGAUUGAACGUUUCAUUGACCGUACUCUAACAGCAAGGGAGAAAGCUGUACAGACUGAUGCAAACAGCGCGAGAGAGCGCGUGUUGGCUCAGGUAAACGUGGUGCGUGAGGCGCUGGAGGAGGAGGAGCAGCGUCUCCUGGAGGUCGUACAGAGAGAGGAGGAGCGUGUCGAGCAGUGCCUCCUCACUCAAAGAGCACACUGGACUCAGACGCUACAGAAACUCACACACACACGCAUCAGACUCGUGCACACACUCACAAACUCCACAGACACCAUGCUUGUGAACUCCAACCAGGAAAUAUUUGACAGGAUUGAGGAUGCUGAUGGUAUUGGUGAACCCAGAGACACUGAGCAGCUGAGUCUAAACAGAACCUGCAGUGACAGUAAACUCAUGGUGGGUUUAUGGGCCAGUGCCUUACUGCUUGGGCAAUCUGCCCACAGUUCGACCAGGCUACAGUUUGAAAAGCAAACAGUCUGUUCUCUUCUGUCCCUCUCCAACGAUCAGUGCACUUUAACAUUCCUUCCCAAACGCCGGCGUCAGUCUCUCCCCGAUGACCCAGCACGCUUCGACAGCUGGCCUAACGCACUCUGCUCCCCUCUCAUGUCCUCCGGCACCCACAGUUGGGUACUUGACGUGGGCACAAGUGCUGCCUUCAAAGUUGGCGUCUGUUAUGCCAGCAUGGAACGCAAGGGGUCCGGCAAUAACGCCCGGCUGGGCUACAACACAAAAUCAUGGGUGCUUUCACAUUAUGAUGGAGACUUCUCUUUCUGCCAUGAUGGAUGUAAUGUGGGGAUAGCAGUGGCCAAGAAGCCGAAGAGAGUGGGACUUCUACUGGAUUGGCCAACUCAGACACUGCUGUUCUACGAUCCUGACUCUAUGUUUGUGCUACAUGUAGUCAGACAUGCUUUCAGUGAGCCUCUGCAGGCCGCCUGUGCAGUGGCCGAUCAGAGUGUAUCUAUAGUGCACUAAACACAGUAUGAGUGCUAAUGAGUGAAGGAAUGGUAGAUUUAAUGUUUUCAGGAUGCAAAAUAGUUUGAAGCAAUUUUAUAACAUUCUUUCAUAAAUGUUUUUACAUUAUCUGUGCCAUUGAUGACUAGGAAGAAUGCAUGACAUAUGAAAAGAAAGUGUGUUCUAUUAGAAGUUCUGGAUCAUUUAAUCAUAUAAAAGAUAAUUUUUAUUAUAUUCACAGACCAAGAAUUUUUAGAUUUUGCCAAACUGUUUAAAUUGUAAGAGUGAAAUGUGCCAGACACUGUUUUUAUAUUUAUGUCUUUUAACUUAUUGGAAUGAUCUUAUUGAAGUUAUUGGAAAGUCUCUUUCAAGAAAAGUUGUAUUUAUGUAAAAAUCUGAGCAAUUACUGCUGACUAUUUAUUAUCUGUAUUUCAUAGAAAAUAGUUAAAUUUGUUUGUGACAGAACAUUACCUUUAUUUUCAUAUUUUCUGUGCAUGAGAAAUAAAGAA